AUGCCUGCACCGCCUGCGAAACGUAAGAACAUGGCCGUCACGGCCGACGGCGCCCAGUACAACAAGCGUCACCGCCCGGACAACUACACCGCGGUGAUGGCCAUGCCGCCGCCUCCGCGCCCGACUGUGAGCAAGCCCCCAACCGCCGUCAAACACGAGGAGAAGAACCCAAAGAAAGCUUGGAGGGUGGACGAGGAAAAACCUGUCAUCACCCCGCCCCGCGCUCAGAAGCCCAACCUGUGGAGCUGGACCAAGGAUGGUCCAGGCAACGAUCCGGCCACGCGCAACCAAAGUAACAGGGGAUUUGCUAAUGGCAAGAAAUUGCGCAAGGCUGCUCAGGCUGAGACGACUUCGGCGAUCAAGAGCGAGAUGAGUGAGGUCAAGGAAGAGCCGGUUGGUGAGGUGAAGAGUCAAGACGCGAAAGAUGACGAUGGCGCGGACAACGGUACGGCCGAGGAGAAGAACCACGACAAUGCCGCGAACCCUGAGGCUCCCGGAUCACCCGUUGAUGCACCCGAGACGCACUUUGCGACUUUCACGCCGAUGGGACGUGGGAAGGUGCUCUACCAGAAGCCAAAUGGCGAGCAGAACCGUGAAGAGCCUAAGGGCAAGAGCAAGAAGAACACAAACCAGAAGGAUCUCAGAUAUGGCCAGGCAUCCGCUCUGAACCUUGACGACUCUGGAAGUGACAACGAGGAGGGUGUCGAAGCGAUGCGCUAUCUCAAGGGAGUCAGGCUUGAGGCCAAUGGUCUUCCCAUAACAUUCCGAGACACCGAACCCAGUGACUCUCGUGCUAUUUACAGCACUGCCGUCGGUGAUACACGCGGCUUCUACGACGAUGGCGCCUACGUUGCUCGCCCUCACCUGAUUGGACCCGUGAGGCCAUCUGGCUACGCCGCUUCUGAGGCCUUUGACGAGGAGGAAGACUAUGAGGAUGAGGAGCAGUACCUGGAAGAUGGAUUCUACGUUCGAUGGGUUGAUGCUCAAGAGGAAUACUACAAUCGGUUACUUCUCCGCUUCGAGGGCUACCGUAACCUCAUGGCUCAGACGCCGACCGAGGAUCAACAGAAAUCCCUCGACAAAUCUCGCUACUGCACAUUCCCGAACGCUCCUAAGAUCAUGCGGCAAGCUGUCCGUCGCUGGCUUGAUGUCUUCACCGAUAUGCCUCCCCACCCGGUUCAGGUAGCGCAGAUGGACUCUUACUGUGUUUUGAAGCUGCUUGACAUUCUCAAGCGCAAGCUCGAAUGCUUCAAGGAUGUUGAGGAGAGCAUCAGCCUCUGGAUCUUCGCUCUACUGGCUAGGCUUUGCGAGGUCAUUCCCAUUCAUUGCGAUGAGGCCAGCAUCGUCCGUGAAAUGGCCCUCAGAGCGCUCAUGGUGCGCGUCACUUUCACCGGAGAGCACAUUGCCGAGCUUGAAGACAAGGUGCCCCAGUACUACGCCGAGGACCGGGACUUCUUUCAACACGUGGACGCGGAUCCGAGACAGGGGAAGAAGAAAGAAGAGGAAGACGGAGACGCUGCUCUGAAGAAAGCUCUUGCGCAGAAGAAGGAGCUCCUCACGAAAAAGGAAGAGCUCAAGAAGCGUGUUGCAGAGAUGCCUCGUAUGGUGAGCAAGCGCGAAGCUUUCGGCAUGUCGCCAAGGGCUUCUUCCAGCAGCGACGAAGAGGAAGAGGAGUCCAUUCAGGAACAGGAAAAAAACGACAAGCCCAACCCUAACGCCAACACGCGCACCACGCUCAACAUGAUCCUUGCGGUGGCCUGCGAUGUCUUCGGACAGAAGGACCUGUCGAAGUAUCUGGAGGUCUGGGGUGAGUACGAUUACCCGGAACCGUUGGUCGAGCAGAUGGAGGUUCUUGCGCAGAUGGAGGAGGAAAGUGACACGUCGCUUCCGCCUAUGCUCUCGCCUCUCGGCUCACCAAAGCGGUAG